CGCCCUGUCCUGGGCAAAUUUCUUUAUGUCAAGGGUCCAACUUCCUUCCCCCCCACCUUCUUGUGCUUACCACCCCGCAAAGACAACUUCAAGAAUUCUCAUCUGUGAGAGUAGCAGCUGCUCCCACAACCCAGUGCCAAGAUUACAAGCAGUUCCACAUUUGAGAACUCUUGCCAACAUGGGUGGACAGAGUCGGGAAGGCGGAAAGGUCAAGCCUCUAAAGGCAGCCAAGAAGGAUAAGAAGGACCUUGACGACGAGGAUAAGGCUUUCCUAGAGAGGAAGAAGGCAGAGGAGAAGGCUAGGAAGGAACUGGCGGCGAAAGCUGGUGGCAAGGGACCACUGAACACCGGAGCCCAAGGAAUCAAGAAGUCCGGCAAGAAAUAAACCUCGGCCAAGAUGCACGACUCUCUUUGGGUCUGCUUGAUUUGACCUUCGAGGCGCUGGGUAUAUAUGGGCUGGUCUGGGAUGGGAAUAGCGAGCGAGGAGUUGUUGAUUUGCAGGAAACCUACUGCCGACGCUUGUUGGAGCUGGAAUGACACAACUUGCCUGGGCUCUCGAAUCGUUGCAUCCAUGUUGCAUCCAUGUUGCUAAUGGCUCUGCCUGAUCUCCUCGCCCAAUACUACAUAGACUUCCUCGUCCAAACAGAAUACCCUGAGUUACUAUCCAGUUUCCCUAGAACCCUCA